GUGCACAAAUUUCCAACUCAGGUCCUUGAAACCACCCGUCUUUGUUCACCAAAAGCCAUGAGUUUACUUAGACGCUUCAAAGCAACGGACCUUUUUGAAUUUAACAAUGUCAACCUUGACGUUUUAACCGAAACCUAUAAUAUUUCUUUUUACCUACAAUACCUCGCCCGAUGGCCAGAUCUUUUUACUGUGCAAAUGUCCCCUCACGACCGUGUCAUGGGUUAUGUCAUGGGCAAAACGGAAGGAACCGGCAAAAACUGGCACGGUCACGUCACAGCUAUCACUGUAGCACCUGAAUAUCGACGUCUGGGUCUCGCCGACGGUAUGAUGAAUAUGCUCGAAGAGGUUUCGGAGAAAGCAUAUGAUGGAUGGUUUGUCGAUUUAUACGUGCGUGUGUCGAAUGCAGUAGCCAUUGGCAUGUAUCGAAAGUUUGGAUACUCUGUAUAUCGUCGAGUACGGAACUACUAUUCAGGGGCAAAUAACGAAGAUGCUUUUGAUAUGCGAAAACCAUUGGCAAGAGACAAACUGAAGGAAACUAUACGAGAAAAUGGAGAGAAUGUCAUGGUGAAUCCAGAAGAUUUAGAUUCAUGGCGAUAAAGAGAAUGAUGUAAAUAAACGGACGCGGACGCUGACUGCAAAGCAAAUUGCAAACGAGAGUGGAACUAUAUGCUGUAAAAUCAUUGUUGGAUAUUGAUAUGGUUUAGUUCUUGGCUCGCCGUUUCAGGGCAGCGGCCACACCACGUCGACCAUUGGAAGGAGCCGUGGUGGCGGGCGAAUCAAAAGCUGCACAGUCUUUUUCUUGACGCAUCAUCAGUAAUCCGCCGGCCGCUUCACCGGCAGCGGCAUGGGCUAAGC